GCCUGUCCCAUGGGAAGUGGGACCAGCCGGCUCUAUGGCGCGCUCGCCAAGACCCUGCACAGCAGCGCGGCCGCCCAGCACCCCGAGUACCUGGUGGCCCCGGACCCGGAGCACCUGGAGCCCCUGGACCCUAAAGAGCUGCUGGAGGAGUGCAGGGCGGUCCUGCAGAGCCGGCCUCCCCGGUUCCAGCGGGAUUUUGUGGAUCUGAGGACAGACUGCCCCAGUAGCCACCCGCCCAUCAGGGUCAUGCAGUGGAACAUCCUCGCCCAAGCUCUCGGGGAAGGCAAAGACAACUUUGUGCAGUGCCCCGUGGAGGCGCUCAAGUGGGAAGAGAGGAAGUGUCUCAUCCUCGAGGAGAUCCUGGCCUACCGGCCCGACAUCCUGUGCCUCCAGGAGGUGGACCACUAUUUCGACACCUUCCAGCCGCUCCUCAGCCGACUGGGCUUCCACGGCACCUUCUUCCCCAAGCCCUGGUCCCCCUGCCUGGACGUGGAGCACAACAACGGCCCCGACGGCUGCGCCUUGUUCUUCCUCCAGAACCGGUUCCGGCUGCUGGACAGCGCCAACAUCCGGCUGACGGCCAUGACGCUCAAGACCAACCAGGUGGCCAUCGCGCAGACGCUCGAGUGCCGGGCGUCGGGCCGGCGCUUCUGCGUGGCCGUGACCCACCUGAAGGCGCGGACCGGCUGGGAGCGCUUCCGCUCGGCCCAGGGCGGCGACCUGCUGGAGAACCUGCAGGCGCUGACGCGGGGCGCGCAGACGCCGCUCAUCGUGUGCGGGGACUUCAACGCCGAGCCCAGCGAGGAGGUCUACCAGCGCUUCGCGGCCUCCAGCCUCGGCCUGAGCAGCGCCUACAAGCUGCUGAGCGCCGACGGGCAGUCGGAGCCGCCCUACACCACCUGGAAGAUCCGGCCGUCGGGCGAGAGCCGCCACACGCUCGACUACAUCUGGUACUCGCGCCGCGCGCUCUGCGUCCGGGCCGCGCUGGCGCUGCUCACCGAGGAGCAGAUCGGGCCGGGCCGCCUGCCGUCCUUCCACUACCCCUCGGACCACCUGUCCCUGGUGUGCGACUUCAGCUUCCACGAGGAGCCCGCCGCGCCCCCCUGA